AUGGAUACUGGUACUGAUACGGGUAGUAAUUCACAAUCUUCGACUACUGGAGCUGUCAAUAGUGAACAAUCAGCUAGUCAAAAUCAUAGACAAAAGUCUGAUAUAGCAUGGAAAUAUUGUUCAGUAGGUGUGAAUAGUCAAGGAAGAAGAACUUUGACAUGCGGGUAUUGUUUUAAAGUAAUUGCUGGUGGUGGCAUUCAUCGAAUGAAACAACAUUUGGCAGGAGAACAAGGCAGCAUUGUUCCAUGUUCAAAGGGUAUUUCGUUCAUUAAAUCUGUGGAUGCAUAUGAUAUUGUAACAAGUGCAGAAAAUUUGUGCAAUUUAUUUGCUGAAAUUGUUGAGAUGGUUGGUUCAAAUAAUGUUGUGCACUUAGUUACUGAUAAUGCUAGCAAUUAUAAAGUUGCUGGGUCUUUGUUAAGUGAAAGAUAUCCGAAUAUUUGUUGGUCACCGUGUACUGCACACUGCAUCAAUUUGAUUUUGAAAGACAUUGGUGAAAUGAAUGAUGUAAAAGCUAUAGUGUCUCUUGUUUCAACGGUGACUGUUUUUAUUUACAAUCAUAAGUUCACUUUGAAUUGGUUAAGAAAGACUACAGGGUGGAAAGAAAUUAUUCGUCCAGGUGAAACUCGAUUUGCAACUACCUUUAUUGCAUUAAAAAGUUUGCAUGAUCAUAAGGAUAGUUUGCAAUCUUUGGUUACUAGUGGGGAUUACAAACAAUUUCUGAGAAUAGAAAAAGGAAAAGAUGUGAAGCAAAUCGUUUUGGAUGAAAGGUUUUGGAAUAACUGUUUGAUUAUGGUGAGAAUAAUGGGUCCUAUCAUUCGUUUAUUGCGUAUUUGUGACACUGAUGAAAGGCCUUCAUUGGGUUAUCUUUAUGAAGGCAUGUUUAGAGCAAUAAAUGGCAUCAAAAGGCUGUUUAGAAAUAAAGAGAGAUUGUACAAGCCUUAUAUUGACAUCAUCAGUGAUAGGUGGGAUAGAAUGUUGAGAAAAAAUCUACAUGCUGCCGCUUAUUAUUUGAAUCCUGCUUUUCAAUAUGAGAGUGCCACAUUUUGUACACAUCCAGAGGUUAUAAAUGGCUUGCUUGAUUAUAUUGAAACAAAAGUGGAUUGGUGCAACCCUGAAAAAUUAUCGCAAGAGAUUGGAAUGUAUCGGGAAAGACAAUGGAGUUUUGGGCGCAAACUUGCUAUUCUUACUAGCAAAUCUGAUCGGCCAGAAAAUUGGUGGAAGUUAUACGGUUGUGAUGCUCCGAAUUUGCAAAAGCUUGCAAUUAGAAUUUUGAGUCAAACUGCUUCUUCUUCUGGGUGUGAACGUAAUUGGAGCAUUUUUGAACGCAUUCACACUAAAAAAAGGAAUAGGUUGGAGCACCAAAGACUUAAUGAUCUUGUAUAUGUGCACUACAAUUUGCGUUUGCAACAUAGGUUUGAUCACCGAAAGAGAUCUUAUGAUCCCAUUGAUUAUGAAUCUAUUGAUAAAACGGAAUUUUGGGUCAUAGAAGAAGAACAAGAUGGCGAGCUUAAUUGUGAUGAAUUGGAGGAAGAACUCGAAGAACUUCCUAAAGAUGAUUCUCAACUAGUUGAAGAUGAUGAAAGUGAAGUUGGGGAAGAUAAUGAUAUUGAUUUGGAAGCAUUUCAGCGUAGGCGCCUUUUGGAUGAUGAUGAAGAUAAUGAUUGGUAA